GAGUGAUUACGUCCUGCGUAGAGUAACCAGUGACAUGUCAACACAAGUUUUUAAAAGCGCCCCAAAACCGCAGAAAUGAGCGACGAAAGGACCAAUUUACUGAAACUGGUGUUUCCUAACGGCUUUCCAAGUUCGUGGGAGUACAACACCUCUUUCGACGACUACAUUUCAAAAUUAGGAACUUAUAAAGUCGAGGAUUUAGCCAAAGAACCGUCCCGUUUAAACGACGAGAAGGUCGGAAUCCACGAACAAACUCAGGAACUUGCAGUCACGAAUUACAAAACUUUUAUCGAGACGGCACAGUGCUCUCGAGAUUUGUUCAGCCAGUUUAACAGUAUAGAGUCAAAGCUUGACGACCUCUUGGAGGAUAUACCCAACUUUGAGAAACGGUGUCAGUUGUUUGGUGAAGAGACAAGCGGGAUUAAUAAUUUGAGGCGUCUGAACUCGCUCACUCUGACAAGGAAUGCACAACUGCUUGAGAUUUUGGAGCUUCCUCAGUUGAUGAAUUCGUUUAUUAAUGACGGGUUGUAUGAGAGUGCGUUGGAGCUAGCGGGGUAUGUGCGAAAGUUGCACACAAAGCAUCCAGAUGUGCCUAUUUUUAAAAGUAUUGUCAGUGAUGUGGAUAAAGCGUGGUUGUUAAUGCUGCAUCAGCUGCUGACUCAGCUAAAACAGGAAUUGACAUUACCAAAAUGUUUGCAAAUUGUGAGUCAUUUGCGGCGGAUGCAGGUUUUUACAGAGACGGAAUUAAGGCUCAAGUUUUUGCAAACUAGGAACGCUUGGCUGCAGUCGUGUUUGAACGCAAUCCCCAAAGAUAAUGCCACCUACCACCUGAACAAAACCGUGGAGGUAACCCGCGUCAAUCUCUUCAACAUCAUCACCCAAUACCGCGCGAUUUUCAACGACGACGAGCACAGCCCCCUUGCGUCCAUCAAAAGCCAGCAGGUCAACCAAAACGUGAUUUUCUUCACUUGGAUCAGAGACAAAAUCUCCGAGUUCCUGCAAACCUUGGAAGACGAUUUAGCCCAAGGGGUGUCCUCCAUAGACUCAAUUCUCGCCCAAUGCAUGUACUUUGGCAUUUCAUUCAGCAAAGUCGGCUGCGACUUCCGCUCCCUCCUCGUCCCUAUCUUCACCCACAAAAUCGCGCGUGAUUUCGAAACGUCGGUCGACGAAGCCGUCAGAAAAUUCGAAGCAAACAUGGAAAGAUUCACCCUAAUCAACAAAAACCACCCCAACAUUCCUUGGAAGACCAAAAACGACGACCCUCUGCAACCCCCCGACAGUCUCCUCGAGUUCUACCCCCUCGCCGAGUUCUUGAAUAACAUUCUAACAGCUUUGAACGAGCUAAAGCUGUGCGCCCCAGUCGCCACCGUCAAAGCCGUGGUCGAUUCUCUGCAGAGCAGUCUGCUGGUGAUCGCGCGCUCGGUCUUGGUGCUGCACGGCCAAGAGCAGCAAGCUUUCACGGCGAACUCGAAGGACGCUUUCACUAGGUUGUGUAUGAGCUUCGCCGACGACCUGGUGCCGUAUUUGCAGAAGUGCGUCCACAUUAUUUUCCCUCCAAGCAACAUCGCCAGCAGUCUGGGAGUCAACGUCCAAGUGCUCCAAAACGAAGGACUCACGUUUUUAAAUAAAGAGCUCAUCGUCGAACCAAUCAGACAUUUAUUGCCUGUUAAAAUCAACCCGUUGUUGAAUAUGGUGGAGCCGACGCAAAACGAGGAGUCGGCGAAACCAGAAAACGACGCCAACAGUGACAAAAACGAAGAUAUUGUUGUAGAUGACGCAAUAAAAACGUAACUUUAAUUA